GGGCGGAAGGAGCCAUCCGGUUGCGCCUGCGCUGUAGGUCGAUCUGGCGCCUCCGCCUUCGCGGCCAGGAAAUCGACCAGAGAUGCCGGCGGGAUGGUCCCGCGAUGCCAGGUUCAAGUGUUGUAUUUUGCAAAAAGUGCUGAAAUAGCAGGAAUUCGCUCCGAGACCAUUUCUGUGCCACAAGAAAUAAAAGCAUUGCAUCUUUGGAAUGAGAUAGAAAAGCGACAUCCUGGAUUGGCUGAUAUUAGAAAUCAAGUGAUAUUUGCUGUUCGUCAAGAAUAUGUCGAGCUUGGAGAUCAACUCCUCCAGCUUCAAUCAGGAGAUGAAAUUGCCAUUAUCCCUCCCAUUAGUGGAGGGUAGUGCUUUUGAGCCACCUGGGAAAUAUAUGAAUGAAGUUGAAGAGAAAUCUAUAGAUAUAAUAAAAUUCACUGCUGACAAACUCUCAGUCAAUGAAGUCUCACAGUUGGUGAUUUCUCCACUCUGUGGUGCAAUAUCCCUAUUUGUAGGGACUACAAGAAAUAACUUUGAAGGGAAAAAAGUCAUAAGCUUAGAAUAUGAAGCAUAUCUACCAAUGGCAGAAAAUGAAGUCAGAAAAAUUUGUAGUGACAUUAGGCAGAAAUGGCCAGUCAAACACAUAGCAGUGUUCCACAGACUUGGCUUAGUUCCAGUGUCAGAAGCAAGCAUUAUCAUUGCUAUAUCCUCAGCUCACAGGACUGCAUCCCUUGAAGCUGUGAGCUAUGCCAUUGAGACUUUAAAAGCCAAGGUACCCAUAUGGAAAAAGGAAAUGUAUGAAGAAUCAUCAUCAUCCUGGAAAAGAAACAAAGAAUGCUUUUGGGCAACUGAUGAUUAAAUCACACAUUUUUUAGAGUACUAAAGUUUUAAAUUUGGUGAUCUUUUAUCUUUGAUUACAUUUUGAUUUUCUGCAGAAGUUAAGAUAGUUUACUGAAGCACAAUCUCUAUGUUAUGCAAGUGGGGCAAAAGGGAGGAAAAAAACAAAAUGGAUGGGUGUUUAAGAUGAGGGCUUAUUCAGGAGCUAGAGAUAAAGGAAAGGCUUAAAGAAGAAAAGGAAGAGUAAUUCAAAUGCAAAGAAAGACGCCUGUAGUAGAUACUCCAUGAUUAAGUUCUUAUUGUAGCUCGACUCACACUGAGGGGGCCCCGCCUUAGCUGACUUUGUCUUAGAGCCUGCGCUACCCACCCCCGUCCCACCACCGUCACAUCCAGCGUUGUCUCUGUUAUCAGGGGUGAAUUAUUCAAUGGUUUGUGGAACUGGAAAUUUUUAUAAAAAGUCAUUAUCAUACAAUCUUGAUAUAUUUUCAAAAUUUAUAUAUUUUAAAAAUAAGGUAAAUAAACAUGAUUUAAAAAGUU